AUGCCAGGAUUAACUUGUAACGCUUGUAAUAGAGAAUUCGACGAUGAUGCUGAACAAAAACUUCAUUACAAGUCUGAAUGGCACCGUUACAAUCUUAAACGAAAGGUUGCUGGUGUUCCGGGAGUGACUGAAGCCUUGUUUGUGGCUAGACAGUCUGCAAUUGCUAAAGAGAAAGAGAAGAAUGAUACCCCUAUGCUUUAUAGUUGUGUUCUAUGUAACAAGGGAUAUCGAAGUUCCAAAGCUCAUGAUCAGCACCUUAAAUCAAGGAGCCAUGUACUGCGAGCUUCUCAAGGAACAAACCAAGAAGAGGAGAAUACUAUAAUUAAACCGCUUCCUCGUCGUGAGGUGAAUAAGCGUGUUGUGCAAAGGGAGGCAGAUGUUGGAGAGAGUGAAGAGAGCGAGGAUGAGUGGGAAGAAGUUGAUUCAGAUGAAGAGUUGGUUGCUGAGGCUACUAAGUCUUUGACUGGUUUGAAUGUAAAUGAGAUGGCCUCUCCUGUUGAUAUAGUUGAGGAUGACGAAGAUGAUGAAGAUGGUGAAUUGUUGGAUCCAUCCUGUUGCUUCAUGUGUGAUCAAGAGCAUAAAAAUAUAGAAAGCUGCAUGGUUCACAUGCAUAAGCAGCAUGGGUUCUUUAUUCCUGAUGUUGAGUAUUUGAAGGAUCCAAAGGGUCUUCUUACUUAUCUUGGCCUAAAGGUGAAGAGGGAUUUCAUGUGUUUAUACUGCAAUGACAAGCGUCAACCUUUCAACAGCUUGGAAGCAGUUAGGAAGCAUAUGGAAGCAAAAAGUCACUGCAAAGUGCACUAUGGUGAUGGUGAUGAGGAAGAGGAAGCUGAGUUAGAAGACUUCUAUGAUUAUAGCAGCAGCUAUGUGGCUGAGGAUGGUAAACAACUUGUUGCAUCAGGUGACAUGGCCAACACUGCAGAACUUGGUAGUGGUGGUUCAGAGUUAAUUAUAACCACAAGAACUGGUAAUAAAGUAUCAUCCAAAACUUUUGGUUCCCGAGAAUACUUGCGCUAUUAUCGCCAGAAGCCACGUCCAUCACCUGCAAAUGAUAUGGCUGUUACUGCUGCCCUUGCCUCUAGAUACCGGAGCAUGGGGCUGGCAACUGUACAGUCAAGAGAGCAAACGGUGAGGAUGAAAGUGAUGAAGCAAGUGAAUAGAUCAGCGGAGGCCAUGCGCACUAAAAUAAGCAUGAAGAAUAACGUUAUUCGGAACCUGCCUAAGAAUGUCCCAUAUUAG